CGAGUGAUGGACUUAGUCUCCCCUCAGGUCCUCACUCACCCUCUCUCAAGAACAAUAUCAGAGAAUAAAUGGUCUCCUUCUGACAAUUGUCACCCCUUGAGAGCUCCCCUCUUUACCCUUCUCUCCUUUCCCACUUUUGUACUUUUCUUCUUGUUCUCUUUUGCCCUCCUCCUCCUCCUCUCUCUCUCCUCUUUCUCUCUCUAACCUUAUAUUGCCAUAUAUAUAUAUAUAUAUAUAUAUACACACAUUUGGUGCUCCUUAUUUUUCACCUUGCCACACUUCAUAACCUCCUUCUCAUCAAUUCUUAGUCAAAACUUCAAAACCCCAUUACCAAACACACACAGAUAUGAUAGAAUCAAUCCCUCCUCUCCAACAACAUUACAAAACCCUCGUGCGCAACCUUCACUGCCACGGCACCGAGCACGGACAAGGACCGGUCACGGAAGAAUGCCAGCUACCGUUGAUAGACCUCAACGGGCUGAACAGCCUCGAUGAGAGGGAGAGGCUAGAAUGCGCAGCAGCCAUCUGCAGCGCGUCGUCGGAGUGGGGAUUUUUUCAAGUUGUGAACCACGGGAUAAGCCCCGAGCUACUAAAGAACAUGAAGACGGAGCAGCUCAACCUGUUUGGAGCGCCCUUCGAGCAGAAGGCUACUUGCGGGCUGCUCAAUAAUUCGUACAGGUGGGGGACGCCGAGCGCGACUCGUCCAACUCAGUACUCCUGGUCCGAAGCUUUUCACAUUCCUGUCACAAAAAUCUCGGACCAAGCUUGUUAUGGGGACGGUUUUAGCUCUCUCAGGGAAGUGAUGGAAGUAUUUGGAGCAAUGGCAAACCUGGCGGAAUUGCUAGCCGGGAUUCUAGUGAACAACCUGGGCCACCGGAAGGAAGCGCUGCAAGAUAUUUGUGACUCGAGCACUUGCUUUCUCCGAUUGAACCGCUACCCGGCUUGUCCGAUAUCAUCGGAGAUGUUCGGCUUAGUGCCUCACACUGACAGCGAUUUCCUCACAAUUCUAAGCCAAGACGAAGUGGGAGGACUUCAGCUCUUGAAAGACUCCAAAUGGGUUGCUGUAAAACCUAACCAAGAUGUACUUAUCGUUAACAUCGGAGAUCUUUUUCAGGCGUGGAGCAAUGAUGCGUACAAAAGUGUGGAGCACAAGGUGAUGGCAAACGAGAAGAGGGAACGUUACUCAGUAGCAUACUUCAUGUGCCCUUCCUACGAUUCUUUAAUCGGGAGUUGCAGAUCACAAUCUUCCAUCUACAGAAACUUCACUUUUCGAGAUUACAGAAAUCAAGUCCAGCAAGAUGUUCAGAAACUUGGACACAAAGUCGGCCUUUCGAGAUUCCUUCUUCGAUAGCAACGACCAAGAUUUUGAAAUGAACUGGCACAUAGCAUACAUCAAGUGAUAGAUCCCGAUACAUGCUACUCGGUUCAUACUAGAAAACCGGCGCAGCCUGCAGCAGCAAAAAUAUGCAACAAACAUCACAAGGACGUCGCCAUAUUUAGGACAAUUAUAUUAUUAUAUUGGAUUUGUAAAAGAAUAUUAUAAGAAGUUGAUUCCAUUCAAUAGUCGAAAGUCAACACGUGCUGUCUUGUCUCCAAGGAAAACAUCAUCUUUUGUUAGUAAUUUAAUAGUCGUCAUCCUCAAACAUAUUUUAUUACUUCAAGUAUAAAAUAAUAGUUAUAUA